AGCUAAACAUGGACACAUUCAAGGAAAAGGCCUCUGAUGGCUUGCUGUCGCGUAUGUGCUGUAUCUUCAUUGGGGUGUAAGCGUUUUGAAACCCUGAGCAAAUUUCUGGUUGGCCAGGCAGUUUCCUGCUAGGGCGCAGCGGCAGGUUCAGUUGCCGAGGGAAGAAAACAAAUGGAUGGACGCAAUGUUGACUGGAGAUGUUGAGGUCUAAAGAAGAGAAGAACUUGGAAAUAUAUUGUUGUUGUAAAUAGAUGGACAGUUAUGUUGUGUUGCAUUUUAUGCAGUUAUGCUGGCUGUUAAACAUUUAUUUGCCAUGUAGCCAGCUCCUUGUGGGGCUAAGACUGGCUAUCAACAUGCCCACCUUGCUGACAGGCAGCUAGCUUUCACUAGCGGCUCAUUAGUGAGCACCACUUUUUCACAAGUAGUACUAGUACACUGUAUUGUUGGCAUGUUGUAACAAACGGACAGAAAAACAACGCGGCUCUCUGUAUAAUUCCUAACUGAGCAUUAUUGCAACCGAUAUAGUGGAACACAAGCAUUAGAGACAUGGCUUCCUAGCCCAAUGGAAAGUAGCUAUAACGUUAGCUAGCUAGCUAUAUUUCUAUUAAUGCAGCUAUCAACAGUAACGUCAGAUUACCUUCUUUAAACGUUAAUCUGUUUUGUAAAUUAUACUGAGAAGCUAAAAUGGCGCACUGGACCAAAUUUGAGAAAGAGGUGGACCAAGAGACAAAAAAUCUCGUAAAGCAUUAUACUGGCGUACUAAACGAAGAGGAUCAGAACUUUCAGUUAGCUCUAAAAUUCACUUCGUCAAAUUUUCGGUUCCACCGCUUCCUUGACGUCAACAGUCACAAAGUGCAACGUAAAGUAAAUGGGAUCUAUGAAAAACUGAUGAUUCACUCGGACUUGAGCAAAGCAGAGAGCUGGAUGAGACUAACUGAUGAGUUUCUUAACUCGCCCCUACCCAACACUGAAGGUGUUAAGACGGAUGUGCAUCACAGUAUACUGGCCCUGCUGCUACUCUUGUCAGAUUCGCCAUCAAACACCAUCUUCAGUGAAAGGCCCAGAAUAAAAGAAGCAGUUGAAGAAGAGACUUUUGACUGGGCUAAGUAUUUAUUAGAAGGGGAAGAUCUCGACGCUGGGCCCUUUCCGGACACUCCGGAGUGGUCUGAAGAGGAGAGCAGCGAAGACGACAGCCAGCAGCCCCUCAGCAGAGAGGAUUCUGGGAUCCAGGUGGACAGAACCCCACAGGAAGACCAGGAUCAGGCCGAUAAAAACGUCUCUGUCUCGUGGACAGUGGGGGAUCCUGAUGCCAGGGCGUGGCUGGAGCAGCACGUGGUGCUUCCCUACUGGUUGCCGCACGCUUCCCGCUUCCCUCACAGUCUGCACCUGCACUCCAACCUGCUCAAUGUCUGGGAUCAGCACUUGUACAACACUGAUCCAUUGUACCUGCCUGAAGAGAAGGCCUUUGUCACGGAGACCCAAGUGAUACGAGAGACUCUCUGGCUACUUUCUGGGGUGAAGAAGCUCUUCAUAUUUCAGCACCAAGAUGGCAAAGUGGUGGUUAGGAAUGACGUGGUGGUCACACAUCUGACCAGUAACUGCCUCCGCUCCGUGCUGGAGCACAUCGCCGCGUACGGGCAGGCCGUCUCCCGGCUACAGCGGUUCAUCGACGAAGUGACGGGCUACAGCUCCGAGACCGCCCCCCCGGGGGGCUCCUCUUCCUCCUCCUCCUCCUCCUCCUCCUCAUCCUCCAAAAAGGGCUCGGAGCCCCCCUUCAGGACAUACCAGGCAUUUGUGUGGGCGCUCUACAAGUACUUCACCGGCUUCAAAGAGGAGCUCACCGUCAUUGAGAAGGAGCUCAUUGGCAAAGAUGAGACAGUGACGUUGUCUGCCGUGCUGGAGCGCCUCACGCCUCACCUGGCCCAGGUGAAGGUGCUGCACAGGGUCUUCUGCACAGGUGUGGCAGAGGUGCCCCCUGGGACGCCCAACGUGGUGCGGGCAUCACACCUACUCAACACCCUCUACAAGGCCAUCCUUGAGUAUGACAGUGCGGGUGAAGCAUCGGAACAGGCGGUGGCUCUGCUCUUCUCUCUGUGGGUGGAGACCGUGAGGCCCUAUCUGGAGAUAGUGGACGAGUGGAUUGUGCACGGCCACCUCUUUGACCCCGCUAAAGAGUUUAUCAUUCAGAGGAACAAAGACGUGCCAGUGGACCACAGGGACUUCUGGUACGCCACCUACACCCUGUACAGCGUGUCGGAGGCGGUGGAUGGCGGUGGCGAGGAACGGCUGAGUGACGCGGCCAGCGGGAGCUCCGGAGGAGACCAGGCCAGUGUUGGCAACAGCCGCCAGCCCACCAUGGUGUCCUUCCUGAAGCCGGUGCUCAAGCAGAUCAUCAUGGCCGGCAAGUCCAUGCAGCUGCUCAAGAACCUGGACUGCAAGGAUGCCGAGCAGCACGAGGGGUCGUCCAGAGAUGCAGAGAGGAAGAGUCUGUACACACUUUUCCUGGAAUCGGUGCAGUCACGGCUUCGCAGAGGAGAGGAAUCGCCCACGGAUAUGGUCACCGAGCAACAGGCCACCAAGAGGAGCCUCAUCAAGAUGCAGUCCAUCGUGGCGCGGCACCUGGAGCUGGAGGACAUCCAUGACCCCCUGAUGGCCAUCAACUUUGCAAGGUUAUACUUGGAGCAGAGUGACUUCCAUGAGAAGUUCUCUGGAGGUGACGUCAUGGUGGAUCGCUCGUCUGAGUCUGUGACGUGUCGAACGUUCGAGCUGACGCUGCGCUCCUGUCUGUACCCUCAUAUUGAGAGGAGGUACGUCGAGUGCUGUGGGAACCUCAUGAGAACCCUGAAGAAGGAUUACAGGUUGCUGGAAUACCUCCAGGCCAUGCGGAACUACUUCCUGUUGGAGGCGGGUGACACCAUGUAUGACUUCUACACUGCCAUCUUUGAUAAGGUGCUGGAGAAGGAGAGUUGGCAGCAGCUCUCUUUCCUCAACAUCCAGCUUCACGAGGCAGUAGGACAGCGCCACCCAGAGGACAGCAGCAGGUUAUCAAUAUUUUUGGAAACUAUCGACCCUGCCAGAAAAAAGCAGCCAAUCAAUAACCUUGACGGCCUCACACUUAGUUAUAAGGUUCCCUGGCCGGUAGAUAUCGUAAUCAGCUCAGAGUGCCAGAAGAUUUACAAUCAAGUCUUCCUGCUCCUACUGCAGAUUAAAUGGGCAAAGUACUGCUUGGACACACUAAGGUUCAGUGAUCUGACCGUAGCUGCUAAGAAACAUGAGGAAGGAUCUCCGGAAGAGGAGCCCACCAAGGACGCCAAAGAGCCGGUCAACCAGCAGAUCCACCGCAUGUUUCUGCUGAGGGUCAAACUCAUGCAUUUUGUCAACACCUUGCACAACUUCAUCAUGACUAGGAUUCUGCACAGUACUGGACUUGAGUUUCAGCACCAGGUGCAGGAAGCCAAGGACUUGGACCAGCUCAUCAAGAUCCACUACAGAUACCUGUCCACCAUUCAUGACCGCUGCCUCCUCAGGGAGAAGAUUGGCUUUGUGAAGGAGGCCAUCAUGAAAGUGUUGAAUCUGGUGCUCAUCUUCUCUGAUCGAUGGCAGGCUGGAUUUGGAGCCUGGAAGAUCGAGUCCAUUGCCAAAAUGGAGUCUGACUUCAAAAGCUGUCAUAUGUUCUUGGUGACCAUAUUGAACAAGGCUGUCUGUAGAGGCUCCUUCCCCCACUUGGAAGCCUUGGCGCUGUCACUCAUGGCAGGGUUUGAACAGUGCUGAGUGGCACCGCCAGCUGUCCAUACCAGCCACAGUGCCAGUCCACCUCCACCCCUCUGUCCCUACCAGUGCCCAUGUUCCGCACAUGAGUCCUGUUUACAGUUUACUCUCCAGCUGUAUGACCGCCGCUGCUGCGCCUUGCGUUCUUCUCCGCCAAAUGAUGUCUUGCGUCACGGCACAUGAGCCUGGUGAUGUUUAGUCAGACUAGCUUAGCACACAAAAACAAGCAAGGAUUGUGUGGGUGUUUGUGAUCCUCCCUAUGGAAAGAGAGAGAACAAAUGUACAAAAUGGAAAGUGUAAAUGUUUAGUUUAUAUAUGUUAUUACUGCUUAAAGCUGGUUGUCCUAUUGUUGAUAGGAAGUCCUAGUCAUGUAUAAUAAAACUAUUUGUCACCUGUGAA